CGACUCUUCCAGAUAGAUAGCCUUCCUGCUCUGGUUCCGCGCAGUGGGGCUGAGGAAAUGGUGGAAGAGAGUGGCCUCACAUGGCGCUCCGUUCACCCCACAGAUUCUGAAUGACAGACUUGCAGCUUUGGUGAUUUCACGGGCAUAGCCGAGGAGCUCAUGAAUCGGAGGGUCCUGCCCUGCAUCUGCCCAGUCCGGCCAAGAACCUGACCCCAUGCUGCAGUAGCAACACGCCCAAGUUCAGACAUCCCAGUGAUGCACCAUGCCAAUAGUCGAUAAAUUGAAGGAAGCCCUGAAACCUGGCCGCAAAGACUCGGCUGACGAUGGAGAGCUGGGAAAGCUUCUGGCCGCCUCUGCCAAGAAGGUCCUUUUACAGAAGAUCGAGUUCGAACCAGCCAGCAAGAGUUUCUCCUAUCAGCUGGAGUCAUUAAAGAGCAAAUAUGUCUUGCUGAACCCGAAAACAGAGGGAGCCAGUCGCCACAGGAGUGGAGACGAGCCACAGGCCAGGAGACAGGGCAGUGAGCAUGCCCACGAGAGCGGCGGUGAUGGGGUCCCCGCCCCACAGAAAGUGCUCUUCCCCACCGAGCGGCUGUCUCUGAAGUGGGAGCGGGUUUACCGCGUGGGAGCGGGGCUCCACAACCUCGGCAACACCUGCUUCCUGAACUCGACCAUACAGUGCUUGACCUACACCCCGCCUCUGGCCAACUACCUGCUCUCCAAGGAGCAUACUCGCAACUGUCACCAGGGCAGCUUCUGCAUGCUGUGCGUCAUGCAGAACCAUAUGGUCCAGGCCUUCGCCAACAGCGGCAACGCCAUCAAGCCCGUUUCCUUCAUCCGAGAUCUGAAAAAGAUUGCUCGGCAUUUCCGCUUUGGAAACCAAGAGGACGCACACGAGUUUCUCCGGUACAUGAUCGACGCCAUGCAGAAGGCCUGUUUGAACGGCUGUGCCAAGUUGGAUCGUCAAACACAGGCUACUACUUUGGUCCAUCAGAUUUUUGGAGGCUAUCUCAGAUCGCGUGUGAAGUGCUCAGUGUGCAAGAGCGUCUCGGACACAUACGACCCCUACCUGGACAUAGCGCUGGAGAUCCGGCAAGCUGCUAAUAUCGUGCGUGCUCUGGAACUUUUUGUGAAACCAGAUGUCCUGAGUGGAGAGAACGCCUAUAUGUGUGCAAAAUGCAAGAAGAAGGUCCCAGCCAGCAAGCGCUUCACCAUCCACAGAACAUCCAACGUCUUAACCCUCUCCCUCAAGCGCUUUGCCAACUUCAGUGGGGGGAAGAUCACGAAGGAUGUGGGCUAUCCGGAAUUCCUGAACAUCCGUCCGUAUAUGUCUCAGAGCAGCGGAGAGCCUGUCAUGUACGGGCUGUAUGCGGUCCUGGUCCACUCGGGCUACAGCUGCCACGCAGGCCACUACUACUGCUACGUGAAGGCAAGCAAUGGACAGUGGUACCAAAUGAACGAUUCCUUGGUCCAUUCCAGCAACAUCAAGGUGGUUCUGAACCAGCAGGCCUACGUGCUCUUCUAUCUGCGAAUUCCAGGCUCGAAGAAGAGUCCUGACGGCUCCCUCUCCAGGACUGUCUCCUCCGUUCCCGGCCGUCCAGGCGUGGUUCCAGACCACUUGAAGAAGAACAUUGGCAACGGGGCUGUUGGCUCCCCGCUGACCGGGAAGCGACUGGACUCUGUGCCGAUGAAGAAGCUGCCAGCCACUGAGGAGCUCGGCGUGCCCAUUUCCAGGAACGGCUCCGUGUCGGGUCUGAAGUCUCAGAAUGGAUACGUUCCUCCAAAGCCACCCGUGGGGUCUCCUUCCCCCCGACUCUCCAAAACACCCCCCCACACACCAACCAUUCUGGAUGAGCCUGGAAAGAAAGUUAAGAAGUCGAUGCCCCUGCAGCACCUCUCCCCGUCACGCAGAGCUUCUCAGGGGUUCCAUGGGACCAGCAAUGGGAGCGGCAGCAGGAGUGAGCGCCUCAGGCAGGGCUCCUGGGACGGCAGGGGUGCCGCCCUCUCUACCUCACCCAGGCUCCCGGCCGGAGUGACUGCCAACGGGCAUGGGCCCAAGGCGGGUGGCGAGAGCCCCGAGCUCGAUGGGAGGGAUUCCAGCAGCUCCAGCCCGGAGCACUCUGCCAGCAAUGACCCCACCAAGGCCCCCCAGACGCCCAGCAGAGCGGCCCACUUGGGGGAUUCUCAGGGAACACACUCCAGAGCGCUGCCGGAUGGAGACGACCCCAAGGUGGUGAAGCCCAAGUCCCCUAUCCUGAGCCGCACCGCCACCGAGCCCACAAACAUCAUGUCUCCUCCACCAGCCAAAAAACUGGCCCUUUCUGCCAAGAAGGCCAGCACCCUGCGGAGGGCAGCCGACAAUGACCUCCGUCCACCCCUCUCACCACUGUCCGACCUCACCUACCCCAGGAAAACCACUCACCCUGUCGCCGCCUCCUCCUGGCCUGUCUGUGCAAUCAGGGCGCUUUCACCUGCUCCCCCACCAUCCAGCCACCUGAAGCUCCCCGUCGGUGCCCGCUCCGUGUCACUGUCCAGUAGCCCCCGACCUCCCGAGACGUCAGACCCACAGAGCUGCUCCUCCACCUCUGCUCUCCUGCCUCAGGUCAAUGGGGGCUCCCAGGCCUCUUCACACCAGCUGCCAGAGGCCAGCAGGUCCCCCCAGAGCCUCUGUAAGAAGAGGAAAAGGAACCGCAGGGGAGAGAGCCAGGGGCAGGGCUCAGAGACGAGCGCAGCAGCGGCAGCCUCUCUGGGAAAGAGGAGGAGGAAGAAGCGGAAGCGCGCGGAGGCUGCGGACGCCUCCCGCCUGCAGGAGGGGCAGAUGCAGAGGCAGCACUGGCUCCUCGAGCGCAGGAAGGAGGCCCGGGCAGAGGGGCCCGCCGACAGACUGGAGGACCAGGGCGGACGGCAGCAAGAGAACAGCCGGCAGCGGGGGAGCGGGACCGACGGCCGCCCCGGGAGCAGCAGGAAGAGGAGACGGAAGGGAGCGGAGGGCCUCGGUGCGGAAGACUGCCUCCAGCGGGGCCCACCGUGGCUCAGCUGCUCUCCCUUGGACGUCGUUGAGCUAGAGGCCACUGUAGCAUCUCCGAGGAAAAAGAAAAAGAAAAAAAGACAGCAGGAGUCACGGCAGGAGGUAGAAGAGGACGAGCACCUUGAAGCCUGCAGGGGCGAGAGGCAGAGGGGCUCUGCUCCCCCUGGGAGCCCGCCUUCCCCGCCUGUGGACGGCAGGCGUCCCGGGGACGGAGCAGGACAGGCCCCGGCUCCUCUUGCGUCCUGGAGUAGAGAGAGGGAGUCCGACGUGCUCCAGGAACUGCUCAAGUAUUCGUCAGAUAAAGCUUACGGGAGGAAAGUGUUGACGUGGGGUGGCGAGGUGUCGGCUGUCAGUCAGGAUGCCAUUCAGGACAGCAGAUGGGCCCGCGCCGCCACGGUGAUCGACGACUGGGAUGAAGAGUUCGAUCGAGGGAAGGAAAAGAAAGUGAAAAAGUUCAAAAGAGAGAAGAAAAGAACAUACAACGCCUUCCAGAAACUACAGAGUAGACGGAACUUUUGGUCUGUGACUCAUCCAGCUAAGGCUACCAGCCUCAGCUACCGCCGCUGA